AUGUCCCGACCCACCCUCCGCUCUGCCCUCCGGCCCCUUAUCUCCUCCCCCACCCCCGCUUCCUCCUCUACUCUUCCCCUCUCCCGUCCAGCAUCCACAGCCUCCGCCUGGCCAUCCAAAACGCACCUCUCACGCCGGUCCACACCUACCCACCCCAACCCCCUUCCUGCGCUCUACCCAAAACGUGUCGUCCUCUCGGACGGAUCCACCUUCACCGCGCACCUCACCGCCCCUUCGCCAGCGACCAUCCGGCUCACGCGGGACGUGACCAACAACCCGAUCUGGGCGCCGGGGACGGAGAAGCGGGGUCUUGGGGAAGGCGCGGAGGAAGGGAGAGUGGGGAGAUUCAGACGGCGGUUCGAGGGGUUGUCGGGAGAGGCGGAGGGGCUGGGGGAUGGGGAAGGGGAGGUUGCUGCGGAGAGUGGGGAGGGAGGGAAGAAGGAGCCCAAGAAGAGGGCGUUUGCAGAGACGGAUCUGGAGUGGAUGAGCGAGGGGGCGAUAGAGGAGAAGGUGGGCGCUGGGAAGCCAAAGGGGAAGAGAUAG